GGUUGCUGCCGCCGCGGCUUGUCAAACAGCUCGGGCUUCUCUGAAGAUUUGAAGUGAGGCCCGCUGAGGCUCAGAGAAGACAUCUCCAGAUUCUCUGGAUUUUUUUUUUGACAGAGUCCUCCUUACUUUCCCUCAAGAUGACAAACAGUUCUAUCUUCUGCCCAGUUUACAGAGAUCUGGAGCCAUUCACGUAUUUUUUUUAUUUAGUUUUCCUUGUUGGAAUUAUUGGGAGUUGUUUUGCAACCUGGGCUUUCACACAGAAAAACACAAAUCACCGGUGUGUGAGCAUCUACUUAAUUAAUUUGCUUACAGCUGACUUCCUGCUCACUCUGGCAUUACCAGUGAAAAUCGUUGUCGACUUGGGCGUGGCACCCUGGAAACUGAGGAUAUUCCACUGCCAAGUAACAGCCUGCCUCAUCUACAUUAAUAUGUACUUAUCAAUUAUCUUCUUAGCAUUUGUCAGCAUUGACCGCUGUCUUCAGCUGACACACAGCUACAAGGUUUAUCGCAUACAAGAACCUGGAUUUGCCAAAAUGAUAUCGACUGUCGUGUGGCUAAUGGUCCUUCUUAUAAUGGUGCCAAAUAUGAUCAUUCCCAUCAAAGACAUCAAGGAAAAGCCAAAUGUGGGGUGCAUGGAAUUCAAAAAGGAGUUUGGAAGAAACUGGCAUCUGCUGACAAAUUUCAUAUGUGUAGCAAUAUUUUUAAAUUUCUCAGCCAUCAUUUUAAUAUCUAACUGCCUUGUGAUCCGACAACUCUACAGACACAAAGAUGAUGAAAACUAUCCAAACGUGAAAAGAACUCUCAUCAGCAUCCUUUUAGUGACCACAGCGUACGUCAUAUGCUUUGUUCCUUAUCACAUCGUCCGGAUCCCGUAUACCCUCAGCCAGACAGAGGUCAUAUCUGACUGCUCCACCAGGAUCGCACUCUUCAAAGCCAAAGAGGCCACGCUGCUCCUGGCGGUGUCGAACCUGUGCUUUGAUCCCAUCCUGUACUAUCAUCUCUCAAAAGCCUUCCGCCUAAAGGUCGCUGAGACUUUUGCUUCCCACAAGGAGACCAAGCCUCAGAAAGAAAAAUCAAGCUGUGAAAACGAUGCAUAA